UAUGUAUAUGUUUUCGUUUUGACAAUUCUCAGCGCAUUAAAUGUCAAAAAUAUUAAAGGGCACUUAAAAGAGGAAAAUUGAAAAGAUUUUUGUAUUUGUAUCUUAAAUAUUACAGGCCAGAGAUAAAGAGAUGUUCAACUCUCAUUUUAUUGGAAGUGAGAGCAUAUUGACAAACGUCAAAACCUACCAAUCUUUGACAUUUGACUGGAAUCAGUAGGUUUUGACGUUUCGCAAUUGGGAAACUGGAACAGCCAGAUUGAAAUGUUGCUAAAAAAAUUUGAAAACAGAGAUAUUUUCAAUUUUUUCCAUCCAUUUGUAACUGCCACAAAUAAGAAGAAUAAGAAUAGAAAUAGAAAGAACAGCACGCAGCUUUAGUACAUGUAAGUAUAUUUCAAUAUUUGUAAAAUAAAUAGGUAUUUAUUUAAUAAUUUUUAUCUAGAUUUUUCAGACAAAAUGCCGAAAGCAAAAGAAAGCUGGAAAAAGUGUGUUGUUGGCUGCGGCGAGGGAGGAAUGGUGUUUAAAUUUCCCAGCGUGGGAGCGGACCUCGAACGGCGUAAAUGUUGGCUCAAGCGUUUAGGUGUUUUUGAAGAAGUUGGCGAAAAAACGCCUAAACACAUUUUCGCGUGUGAACGUCAUUUUUCCGAAAAAAUGCGUCACGAACGAAAAUUGCGUCCGAGGGCCGUUCCCGACGUAAAUUUAGUAGAGCCUACAUUUAAUGCCUCUAAUUCUCUAUUAGAAAAACCCAUAGAGUUGGGUACGGAAGAUUUCGCUCCUAUUGAAGAAGCUGUCUCAAAUGCAACCGGUGCAUCGAAGCAGCUUCUUCCACUUUUUGAAACGGGAAAUUGCGAUAUAGUUCUAGAGCCUCUUCCAUUCCUUGAGGAGGAACAUUUAAAUAGUUUUGAAAAGGCCGCGCAAACAGGUCGGGGUCUGACAGCAGGGACAGAUAGAAAGAAGAAAUUGAGGGAAGAGAAUAGGAUUUUACAAAUAAAAUUAGAUGAAAAAGAACAGGAGAAUAGGAGUUUAAAGGCUCAGUUGGUCCAAAUGGCCACUGAAUUAGAAAGAUGUAGGGAAAUAAUAAGAAAUAGUUCAUUUAGGGAACAGUCAGACCCUCUUGAGUUAGUUUGUAGCAAUGUUCCUCCUCAGUUAGGAGCUUGUAUUAGGAGUAGUUUUUUUAAUAGUAAACGUAAAAAUCACGGUCAGCGGUAUGAUAAUUUUUUUAAAACCAUAGCUUUGGAUGUAUUUUUCUUGUCGCCAGUUGCUUAUCGAUACCUAAAGCACCAGCUUAGUUUUCCUUCAGAAAACACUUUGCAUAAUUUUGUUACAGAUUGGCCUCGUUUCCCAGGUUGCACCCAAAGCAGCAUAAAAUCGUUAGAAAUUAGGUGUAGGGGAUUUUCUUGUGAACAAAAGUUCGUAUCCGUUUCUUGUGAUGAAAUGUCACUGAAAUGUCAUUUGCAGUAUGAUAGGAAAUUUGAUAGGGUGAUAGGUCUCGAAGAUUAUGGCGAUGAAAAUCGUACAUCUAGAUUAGCCACAACUGCAAUGACUAUAAUGGUGCAAGGUAUAGGUGGCGAACCUUGGUCCCACCCAUUAGCGUAUUUCUUUGACUAG